AUGGCUAAGCGUGUGGCUGUGAUUGGAGCAGGCAGCUCUGGGCUGACCGCCAUCAAAUGCUGUCUGGAUGAAGGGCUGGAGCCAGUGUGUUUUGAGAGCAGUGAUGGAAUUGGAGGACUCUGGAGGUUUAAGGAAAAACCUGAGGCAGAACGUUGCAGCAUUUAUCGUUCUCUCAUAGUGAACACCUCUAAAGAGAUGAUGUGCUUUAGUGAUUUUCCUGUGCCGGAUCAUUACCCAAACUUCAUGCAUAACUCUCUGAUCAUGCAGUACUUCAAACUCUAUGCUGAGCACUUCAAUCUGCUCAAGCACAUUCACUUUCAGACCACAGUUCGCAGUGUGAGGCAGAGGCCUGAUUUCUCUGAUUCAGGUCAGUGGGAGGUGGUGACCGCAGACAAAGAUGGACAAGAAGAGAAACAUGUGUUUGACGGGGUGCUUGUGUGUGCAGGACACUACACACAACCCAUCAAACCCCUCUCAGACUUCCCAGGUAUUGAUACAUUCCCAGGGACAGUAAUUCACAGUUGGGAAUAUAAGGACCCUGAUCCUUACUUUGGGAAGAGAGUUGUAAUCGUUGGGAUUGGGAAUUCUGGUGGAGACAUUGCCGUGGAGCUCAGCCGAGUGUGUGAGAAGACGUUCCUGAGUACCCGUAAAGGGGCAUGGGUCAUAGGUCGCAUGGUCGGUAAAGGGCUUCCUCUAGAUAUGACGAUGGUUAGACGAGUUCGAGACCUGAUUUACUGCCUCCUGCCUAGACCUCUGCUCAACUGGAUUGGUGAGAGAAGCCUAAAUCAGAGACAUGACCAUAAACUCUAUGGACUACAGCCUGAGCACAGGAUCCUUGACCAGCGUUCUGUUAUCAACGAUGACCUCCCAGGUCGCAUUCUGGUAGGAGAACUGGUGAUGAAACCAAAUGUGCAGAAGUUCCAAGGCUCGACGCUUGUCUUUGAUGAUGGGACCGUUGAAGAGAAGAUUGAUGCAGUGAUCUUAUGCACAGGAUAUGAUUAUAAAUUUCCCUUCCUCCCCGCCACCCUAAACUCUGGUGCUGAUGGAGAUCUGAGACUCUACAAAAGAAUCUUUCCUCCAUCUCUCGAGCGUCCAACACUGGCCAUCAUGGGCCUGCUGCAGACCAGAGGGCCGAUCAUGCCAGCUGUAGAACUGCAGGCUCGCUGGGCCACCAGGGUCAUCGCAGGACUAAACCAUCUUCCUCCAGCUGAUAAAAUGAAUAAAAUAAUUGAGAAGGACAUAAAGGCAAAUUUAAAGAGUUACCUCUGUCCUAAGCUGGCUGCUCUUCAAGUGGACUAUAUCCCUUACCUAGACACAAUAGCAAAGGAAGUUGGUGUCUGUCCCAACAUUGCCUGGCUGCUCCUGAGGGACCCUGCUGUGGGACUGAGGGUUUUCUUCGGCCCCUGUACUCCCUACCAGUUUCGGCUAAGCGGACCAGGGCACUGGAGAGGUGCCCGUCAGGCUAUUCUUACCCAAUGGGAGCGUGUGGCCAAACCCAUGAAGACACGGCCCAUUCCAGAACCUUCAUCCUUCAGUUUGUUCUUUUGGCUGGGCCUGUCAGGAGGGGCUGCUGUGAUUUUAGCCAUUAUGGCAAUGCAAAAGAAUUUCAAUUCAAUUUUUGAGUAGCUCUGUUUUGCAUUUGCACUUUAACCUUAUUAUUUCUUUAUCUAAUUCUUGGAAAUCAUUAUCAUUUAUAAUACAAUGUAUUUUAAAACCUUUCAUCUUUGAAGGAAAUUAAAAUUAAACAUCAGCUUUGUGGUCUAACUAGUCUAUUUAUUUUCUGAGUCAUAACAAGUGCUCUGCCAAAGUCCCAGACAAAAUAAUCAUUUUAUGUUGUUGUUUUGUAAACAGGGAAUAGUGUCCUUAUAUUUUGACCAUCAUCACAUAGAGUAGCAGCAUUUAUUAGUCUUUUAUUAUAUGCUUUUAAAUCAUUGGAGAAGCCUGAAUCUGGCAGGUCUAGUAUCAUUCUGUGAUGAUGAACAGCUCAAAAAGAUGAAGGCUCUUAUAGUUGCAGUAGUUAUAGUUGUUGCAGUUGUUAUCAAUGUUUACUCAUCAUUUUAAUUUAAUAUUUUAAUAAAAGAAAGCAUGGUAAACAUGUCUCCAACCAUUUUAAUGUGACCUUCGUAUAACAUAAAAUGUAUUCCUUGGGACAUAAAAGUGCUAAAAGUUGAAGAAAACCCAAAUAUAAUUUCCACACACUACUCUGAGCAUGGAGUAUUUCCAUGCAUCUAUACAGGUCUACAAAAAAAAAAAAAAAAAGUAGUGUAGACUGGGGGAAAACACACCUCUCAAGGACUGUCUCUUUUUUUUUUUUCCCCUCUCUGUGAAACAGACUGGGCUGUUCUGAAACAAUCACAGAAUACUGUACGUACAAGUUGGUGCCUUGUUUUAAAUGUAUUUUUUAAUUAAUUUAUCUUUUUUAAUGUAAUGUAUUAAUAAUUUAACCCACUCUACCUUAGUUUG